AUGGAGGGCAAAGUUAGCCGCUGCAAAAUUGUGGUGGUGGGUGAUGCGCAGUGUGGGAAGACCGCUUUACUGCAUGUGUUCGCCAAGGACUCUUACCCGGAGACUUAUGUGCCCACGGUGUUCGAGAACUACACGGCCAGUUUCGAAAUCGACAAGCGGCGGAUCGAGCUCAACAUGUGGGACACUUCAGGCUCCUCCUAUUAUGACAACGUUCGACCAUUGGCCUACCCGGACUCGGACGCCGUCCUCAUCUGCUUUGACAUCAGCCGGCCAGAGACAUUGGACAGUGUACUGAAAAAGUGGCAGGGAGAGACGCAGGAGUAUUGCCCGAAUGCUAAAGUGGUGUUAGUUGGCUGUAAGCUGGACAUGAGGACCGACAUGAACACACUGAGGGAACUGUCUAAACUACGGCUAAUACCAGUUACACACGAACAGGGCACUUCCCUGGCCAGGCAAAUCGGGGCGGUGGCAUAUGCCGAGUGCACAUCUAAAUACUCCGAGAACAGCGUGCGGGACGUCUUCCACGUCACCACAGUGGCCUCUGUGGGCCAGCUUCAUCGGCCGCCGCUGAAACGCUCCAACUCCCGCCGAGGCCUCAAGCGGGUAUCCCAACAGCCCCAGCGUUCCGAGAUCCUGGAGCGGCCACCAGCCAUCCGGAAGGACCGUGCCAAGAGCUGCGUGAUCAUGUAGAGGACAUGAACCUGACCUGGGAUCUGUUUUUGCCACUGUAACUCACAGGGGCUUGUGAUCCGAUGGUUUGAUUAGCUGCGCUAGUUUAGCGCUAGUUAGCAAGUUAGCAUGUUCAGUUGCUGGUUGUGCUCAACAGCCUGGUUGGUGUACAGAUAUCUCAAUACACAAAGGCAGACCUAUUUAUUGACUGGGAUUAUGCUUUUUUAAUGUUUAUGGCUUUUAUUGCACCUCUAAAGAUGAGUUGGACUUAAAGGACUAAUAAUGAGAUGGAUUUUUUUGUUCAUAUAUUUUUUUUAUUUGCUGAAAUUAUUUGGAGGAAGCUGGUGUGCAGAGCAGGAAUGAAACAAGAAAAAAAGUAUUGUAUAUAAACUUAAAAAGGCAUCAAAGCUUUGUUUCAAGAAGCAAAAAAAAACAUGAAAACAACAAAUAUAUGAGAAAGAAAAAUGAGGCUAAGGAUUGGAUGAUUGGGAGCUGGUUUGUGAUGUCAUUUUCUGUCUUGAGAAGACCCCCCACCCCCUGCAGAUUAUUUCAUUUUGCUUUUGAAUAUUACAGUGAACACAGCACAAAGAAAAAUGCACAAAAUGUAUACUACAAAAUCAAACAGAUGCUCAACUGGAUAAAAAAAAAUUGUUGUCACGUGGGAAAGAAGGCGAAAAGGGAACGUGGAUGUUUAUGGUAUUUUAUAUUUGGCUGUAUUUGUGUGAUGCUGAAAUAAACAAACAGUUGCUCUGCUGUCUGAAACUG